AUGAUAAUAAUGGUCCCCUUGAUUAUCUUCAUCCCUUACAUCGAAGGGUUCAACUUUGAGUACAGCAUCUUCAAAAACACCGAAUUUGUGUAUGACCCUGUCCCUCUCGCCACUAUGGUCCUCGAGAAUCGUUUGAUCUUUGCCUCGAGUCUUUUCGAUUUCGCCACCAAGCUCAUCCCGCAGCUAAGUAUUAUCCUUUCUCUGACCACCGCUAGUGAGUUACUAGGCCGUAGUGACGUAAAAGUGAUUCCCGGUGGUCACGGCAUGCUAUCGGUAGCCGUCAAGCCCAAGACAGGCAGCACUGAUGUCGCUAAACCAGUUGAUGUGGAUAAAGCGGCUGACCAGUCUCAAAACUCAGGUCAAUUUGGCAGCCUUCGUGCUCUUCAGACGGGGAAACACGUGAUUGCAAUUGUCUUGUUCGUCCUCUGGGGCGCCAUCAUUCUUCUUCUACAUGGGUUGGCUGCUCAAAGAGCAGCAAGUUACGAUGUCAUCGGUUGUCGAGCUGUUACUCGACCCUGGUUUUCGAAUGGCAAAGAGCCCUGUUCAAGUAUAGUGUACGAUUGCCACGCUCGAAACACCACGUCACCAGACGACUCAUCGUUUGACAAACUGGACCACGUUGCACUGGCAACUCUAUCAAUUACGCACUGCCCAGAGCUGAAAAUGCCUCCUGAUCUCCAGCGGCUCGAGAAUCUCGUGAUUCUACACGUCUACAACUCAACUAUUUCGAAUUGGAGUGCUGAAAGCUCCGUCUCCGCCACGGCACACUCGCGUCUGCUGUCGGUUUUUGUGGGGAAAACGAACGUGACAGAGUUCCCCGAAGGAUUGCUGCAACCUUUGCCAGAUUCACUGCUGAGUGUGCAGUUCUCGGGGAGCAACCUUACCAAGUUGCCCGACGAUCUGUAUAUGAGAUGGCAUGCGAUGGCUAUGAUUGCCUUCGAGGACGGUGUUCUCACUGAUAUUCCAUAUCAAAUGUUCUUCUUGCCAGUUUACACAUUGUCCUUGAUGGGCAACCACAUCGAGACGCUACCCACAUUAGCGAUGAUGCCUCCCGGUAUGAUCAUACCCGAGCUCAAUUUGAAAAAUAAUCCACUCCGAGAACUACCAGCAACACUAAUGGCACCUGAUCCUAUGAUCAUGUCGAUGAACGUGCAAAACACGUCGAUUACUACCAUGCCACCAUGGGUCAAGACCAACACGAAAGUUGUCUGGGCGCUCGAUACUCCAUUCUGCGCGGCACCAAUGGCCGACCCAACGCUCGCAUACCAAGUGAUGUGCUUUGAGCGACCGAUGGGCCAGGAAGCACUCUUUUACAUGUACAUGUUCGAUGCCCUUUAUGAGUAUGACAAGAGCUCAUAG